UUCUCCAAAUCUUGUAUUUUAGCAACUGUCAGGGUUAUUGUAGUCGCUUAAAUACAUCUUUUAGAUAUUAGCCAUUUUGUGAAUAGUCUCAUAUUCGUGCUCUGGGAAGCCUUAAGCAAUAUCACGGCUUAUUUGGAUUAAAAAUGAAAACAUUGAGUGAUUAUAAUAGCAAAAAUAAAUUGUGCUGACGUGCAGCACACGGCAUUUCAGCUCAAGCGUUCCGGCAAGCGCUAUUUUGACCGAAGUAAUAUAAUUCUCAAUUGUUGUGGUUUAAAGAGCAAUAUGAUCAAAAAUGAACAACGUCCCCUUAAUUUUGAAAAGUGUCCGGAAUCUGACGAUGAGCUCAAAAAACGGUUGGAGAUAGAAAAAUUAAUUCAUAAAAACAUCGAUCAAAAUAUUAGAUUUGAUGUAAUUGUGAAGUUAUCCCUGGCGCCUUACGGAUUGGUUAAUGACCAUUUUAGAAGGAUUUUAUGGCCUCAGUUGGCAGGAGUCGACGUAAACCAUUUAGGACAAGCCCCAACGGUCGAUAAGUUGCAGUACCAUCCAGAAUACAAUCAAGUGGUGUUGGAUGUUAAUCGUUCUUUAAAAAGAUUUCCACCAGGAAUUCCGUACGAGCAACGAAUUGCACUGCAAGACCAACUUACUGUUCUGAUUUUGCGAGUAAUUCAAAAGUAUCCUAACCUGAGGUAUUAUCAAGGCUACCAUGACGUGGCUGUAACAUUUUUGUUAGUGGUUGGCGAAGAAAUCGCUUUUGCAAUAAUGGAACAGCUCUCUAAAACACAUUUUUCUGAAUGUAUGCAGGAGACUAUGGAGGCCACGCAAAGGCGACUUAUGUUUAUUUGGCCUAUCAUUAAGUUUGAAAACCCAGAACUUUAUCAGUUCUUGCAAAACUCGACAGUGGGAACUUUGUUUUCUUUACCGUGGUAUUUGACCUGGUUCGGACAUAGUUUAAGAUCUUAUAGAACCGUAGUCCGCUUGUAUGACUAUUUCCUUGCAUCGCCUAUUUAUACAUCAAUCUUUGUAACAGCAGCGAUUUUACUUUAUCGAUCAGACGAAAUUCUAAAGGAGGACUGUGAUAUGGCAUCGGUGCAUUGUCUCUUAUCAGUGAUACCAGAAGAUUUACCAUUUGAGGACCUUUUAAAAACAUCCAGUUCGCUUUUAAAUAAGUAUAGCCUAACACUUAUAGAGAAAGAUGUUGAAGAACUUAUUUGUCAAGAGAGAAAAAGGAAAACCGAUGAAUCUUUAAUUGUAAAAAGACGUCAACCGGCCACAUCGAAUAGAAUUCCUAUCAUAACGCAAUGGCUUCCAAAUAUGUUAACAGCAAAGCCGUUGAUAUUGACAACAGCAAUUUCUAUUGUAGUGGGUGUAUGUGCCUAUUAUUACAAUAAUCAGUAUUUGGCGGCAGGAAUAAGCUGAGUAUAAAAGUAACUGAGUAUAUUGACAUUUUAAUUUGCUCCUUAUACCGCGGUAUAAACACAUUCUUCCGAAAUUCUGUGUUUUUGAGAAGACCUCAUUUUAAUAUAUUGUACAAUUCUACUGUCACCUAAUAUUGAAAAUUAAAUAUAUAUAACUUUAUAUUUA